AUGGAAGAGGACCAGGAGCUGGAGAGAAAAAUACAUGGACGGAAGACCUCCAUGGCGGAAGACGAGAGGAAGAGUGUUCUGGGGAUGGUCCAGGCAGCGGGCACAGAUCGACACUGUGUGACCUUCGUCUUGCACGAAGAGGACCAUACCCUAGGAAAUGCUCUGCGUUACAUGAUCAUGAAGAAUCCGGACGUGGAAUUUUGUGGGUACACGACCACCCAUCCUUUGGAGAACAAAAUUAAUUUGCGCAUUCAGACGCGAGGUGGUCUUGCAGCUGUUGAACCUUUUCAAAGGGGCUUGAACGAGCUCAUGAAUGUCUGCCAGCAUGCGCUUGACAAGUUUGAGGCCAGCAUAAAGAACUAUAAGGACCAAAAAGCCAGAAGUGAAUCUGCAUUCUAG